AUGAAUAGUUCGACGGCAAGCAGCUCAAAUACGCAUCCCACUGGAUCAUUAACGCUUCAUGUUCUUGAUGCUCAAACAAGCGCAGAAAACGGUCGUAAAUUCACUAAAUAUAAAGUAGCUGUCAACUAUAAUGGUCAAGACUGGGAAAUAUGGAGACGUUAUAAAGAAUUUCAUACAUUAAAUGAAAAGCUUCGUCGUGUUCGUUCCGAUUUAAAAUUACCCGGUCGUCGUUUAUUAGGUGAUUCAUUCGAACCGGAUUUCGUACUAAAACGUCAACGUGGUCUCAAUGAUUAUGUUCAACAAAUUUCCAAUAAUUCACAAAUACUUAAUUUACCUGAAUUCAUUGACUUUUUUGGUCUGUAUAAAGCGUCAUCAAAUAUAUCACCUAAAUCAACAACAAGUACAACACCAUUAAAUAAUGGUAAAACGAACAGUACUGUUGUACAAACUGGUAGUGAGGAUACAGAUGAUCCAUCAACACCGUCUGAUAUAAGUCGUGUUAACCUAGGCAAAACUGAAAAAACUGCAGUUAAACCUGAUGAUUUUGAAUUUCGUACUUGUAUUGGAAAAGGUUCAUUUGGAAAAGUUUAUUUGGCUCGACAUAAAACUGAAGAUAUGAUAUAUGCAGUUAAAGUUGUGAGUAAAGCAUUAAUCAAACGAAAAAAAGAAGAACGCCAUAUUAUGGCUGAACGUGAUGUACUUGUUAAAAAUACUCGUCAUCCAUUUCUCGUAUCGCUUCAAUAUUCAUUUCAAACACCAGAUAAAUUGUAUUUUGUCAUGGAUUUUGUCAAUGGUGGUGAAUUAUUUUUUCAUUUACAACAAGAACGUGCAUUUGGUGAACAACGUGCUAGAUUUUAUGCAGCAGAGAUAACAUCAGCUAUUGGUUAUUUGCAUAAACUUGAUAUUAUUUAUAGGGAUUUAAAACCCGAAAAUAUUUUACUUGAUCGUGAAGGACACAUUCGUUUAACUGAUUUUGGCUUAUGUAAAGUGAUGUUAUCAUCCGAAGGACGUGAAGGACGAACAGCAACAUUUUGUGGUACACCAGAAUAUCUAGCACCAGAAGUACUGCGACGUGAAGCAUAUACAAAAGCAGUUGAUUGGUGGUGCUUAGGUUCAGUUACUUAUGAAAUGUUAUGCGCUCGACCGCCAUUUUAUUCCCGUGACGUUAAUGAAAUGUAUGAAAAUAUUUUGAGUCGACCACUACGUUUCAUUGGAAAUGUAUCAGAGCGUGCUCGAAAUUUAAUUGAACAAUUACUAAGAAAACUUCCAAAUGAACGAUUAGGUAGUGGACCCGAUGAUGUAAACGAAAUCAAACGUCAACCGUUUUUUGAUCAAAUUGAUUGGGAAAAAUUAGAAGCACGAAAAAUUGCACCACCGUGGAAACCGUCUGUUAGUGGCCCAACAGAUCUGGGUCAAGUUGAUAAAGUAUUUACACAAGAAACAAUAUCUCCAAGUGUCCAAGAACAUUAUAUCGGAAGUGUGACUAAUAAAGAUCCAUUAUUUAAUGGUUUCACAUAUAUGCCUGAAACACUUAUUAAUGAUUAG